AUGUUUGAAAGACCAGAUGGAAUUGAGAAUUGUCGAAUUUGGGUCGAUGGUUGUUUCGAUUUUGCCCAUCAUGGGCAUGCAGGAGCAAUGUUACAAGCACGUCAACUAGGUAAAGAACUUUACGUAGGUGUUCAUUCAGACGAGGAAAUCCUCGCCAACAAAGGACCAUGUGUAAUGAAAUUAGAUGAACGAAUGACCGCCGUUGACGCCUGUAAAUGGUCCACAAAGGCCAUUCCUAAUGCUCCAUAUGUGACUGAUCCCAAAGUCAUGGAUGAAUAUGGAUGUAAAUAUGUUGUUCAUGGUGAUGAUAUCACUACUGAUGCCAACGGAGAAGAUACGUAUCAAGUUGUUAAAGAUUUAGGUAAAUUUGUUGUUGUUAAACGGACUCCUAAUAUAAGUACUACUGAUUUAGUAGGGAGGAUGUUAUUGAUGUCGAAGAAUCAUCAUUAUCCUGAUUUGAACGUGGCUAAGAAUUGGCCCAAAUUAGUUAAUGACGGGGAUAAUUUGGAUAGAUUCACCAGGUAUGCUACUGAUGAAACUGGAUUGAAACCGGGUGCUGUUGUCUAUUUAAAUACCCCUAACGAAUUGAAAACAAUUGUUGAGCCAAAGAAAGAAGAAGAAGAAGCCAACACUGAAGAUGAAGAUUCCAAGUAUGUUUAUAUUGAUGGUGGAUUUGAUUUGUUUCAUCCUGGCCAUAUUGAAGUAUUGAAAUUGGUUCAUCAACGAGCUCAACAAUUGGGUGCAAAGGUUAUAGUCGGUAUUCAUGAUGACUUGACCGUCAACAAAUACAAAGGGCUCAACUACCCCAUAAUGAAUAUCUUCGAACGAUCAUUAUGUGUAUUACAAUGUCGUUAUGUGAAUGGAAUUGUUUUAAAUGCACCAUACAUUCCUACGCCACAAUUUCUUUCUAAAAUUGGUAAUGUGGUUAAAGUAUAUCAUGGGCCUACUGAUGUUGAUAAGUCUGUUUAUGAUGAAGUUGCAAGGGAGAAAGAAGGAGUAUUUGAGAGUUUACCUAAACACAAGUAUGAUCAUAUGAGUACUGAAUUUAUUGUUGAUCGAGUAUUACAAAACAAAGCAGUUUAUGUUGAACGACAAAAGAAGAAAGGUUGGAAAGCAGAAAUGGAAAAAGUAUUGGAAGCAAAUGAACGGAAUAAGAGACAAUAA